GGCUGCAUGAGACUGCGGCCCUGGGGCCCGGGGUGGGGCGCCACGGCCAGCAUGUUGACAACCAAAUAGGUAGUGGGUGCGGGCAAGGGCAUAUGGCGGCACAGCUCUAAGAUAAGCAGCAGGCCCCCUCUGUUCGUUGGGAUGUAUGCAUAAUCUGUGCGGAGGGGGACGCUUUUGGAUCCUGGGGCUCACCUGCAUGUUCUUCGCAAAGGUCACCAAUUUAACCACUUUGAGAGGGACAGCAGCGGAGGGCAGUCAAGAAUCUGGAAGCAUGACGUUCAGCCCGGGCACUCUGGUCUACCUAUCAACUUUGAUGUUGGUGGUGCUAGCGGGGGGGGUGGAAGCUGCUCGCGACCCCCAUCAGAGACAGGCAGGAGCAAGGGAAGGAAGCUGGCCGCCACGCUUUGCAGGACAUGUGAAGGAUAUAGCCUCCGCUGAUACCCUGUAUCAUGAAUUGGGCCACAGCCAUAGUGAGCACAUCCCCCAAGAGGAAGGCUCCACGCGUUGGUUCACCAGGCGAAGCGACAUUUUGGGAGGGCGCCCCCUCGCCACUGUCACGUACGUCCUUGAGGCCGUCAAACGGUUUGAGAGACGGCAUGCAAGUGCGUUUGGGAAGGCACCGGAGCGCACGCGGCGGCGGCACCUCUUGGCAAGCACACUGCCACUGGGAGCGAACCCCAAUGCGACAGCGCUGCAAGGAGAGCUUGAUGUUGACAGCCUGUACUGGGCUACCCUCAAGCUAGGAACCCCCCCAACACAGACGGCCACUGUGCAGAUUGACAGCGGGAGUGAUCUCCUCUGGAUACAGUGCCACGAAUGUGGCAACUACUGUGUUCCCACCAAGGUUGUCCCGUAUCGUUCGUCUGCCUCCAGCACCGCGACGUAUGCCGCGUGCAGCCAGUGCCCCUCGCUAAAUGCAACGCUGUGCCCGGUGGGGCAGUGCAGCAUAGCAUGCACGCGCUCCGGAAUGAGCGCGCCAUCCCCCUCCAAUGUCUGCCAGUCAGUCUACGGUUAUGGGGACAACUCGCAGGUGCUCUUUAACGUACAGAGUGACAUGAUCACCUUCUCCCAACUGGGCGGAACCACUUUGGGCACACCCAUCACUUUUGGGUGCGACAUUGCUGAGACUCCAGGCUUGAUCACGAAUUCCAAGGUGAACGGCCUCGCUGGCUUGGGGCGCUCCAAUCUGUCCAUCCCCAGCCAACUGUAUGCGGCCGGCAAGAUCAAGCAGGACUCCUUCUCCGUGUGCCUGGGCGGCUUUGAAGGAGGCGGCGCGCUGCUGUUUGGCAACGAUACCAUGCCCCCCCAAGCAAUGGUGUACACACCCAUGGGGAACGGCUCCCUAGACACGCUCUACAAUGCGACCAUGACUUCCGUGACGGUUGGCAACGUCACGCUCAACGCGUCCGCCGCUGCCUUCUACAACGGAUCCAACGAUCGGCCCGAUGCCAUCUUUGACACCGGCUCCGACCUGAUUGCCCUCCCCAGCCUCUUGUACAACGCCAUCUUUGCACAGUUGAAUAAGAGCGUCACUCUUCCUCCCGUCUCAUUUAACACCCUCCUCAACGGCGGGACACCUCCGACCCCUUCCCCGCCCCCCGCACCUGCCCCGCCCGGCAGCACCCCUUCUUUUGCCAACAGCCUCGGCUUCCCCACGUGCUACCAGCUGGAUGCCGCCCUUGCCACCAGUCGAGCGCCGUACGACGCCAACACAAAUUUCCCCCUGCUCUCGUUUACGUUCCCCGGCAACGCGAGCCUCGUGUUGCACCCGGACGACUACGUCCAGUUCAUCAUACUUGAAGACCCACUGAAGUCGACCCGGGUGACCCCGGCUUACCUGGUGUAUGGAUGCCCCUUCAUCUUCAACACGUAUGGGGGCUACAGCUUGCUGGGAGAUUAUGCCAUGCGAAAUCAUUAUUUUACCUUCGACAGAACGCGACAGCUUAUCGGAUUCGCAGCCUUGAACUGUUCGACGUACCAACCUCGGUCUAGUUCUGCGCUUAUAGCGUUCUAACAGUUGGCAAUGCCAUAACCCCCUUCUUGUAUCAAAGCAGCAGCGCGAAAGCAAGGACACAUAUAUCUUUGCAAAAGCGUUAGGUAAUGUAUUAUUUGAGGCUAGCUUUUGAGUGACUGCCUUUAUUUAUUGGUAAAAGAGGUAUUUUAUUUUUUGGUCGUUUGAGUCCACCAUUUCAGUGGCAACCCUUCAUACCGCCGGUCGCCUAUAGUCAGUUUCUGGCCCUCCUGGGCCGCAAACGUUUGAGCCAAAUUUUUGCAAACUAUGAACGACAGUUUGCUAUUCAGGCAUCAUACUUCUCUGCACCCAAACUCCGCUUCACCAGCUAUUGGAGUCCUGUUCAUGCUCUGGUACAAGUCGAUACCCAGUGUGUCCUUGUAGAAAGUCAGCGCACACCCUGACACCGGCCAUGGG